AUGCCAGACCCUCCUGUCUCUCUCUGCCUUAUCCUCAUCUCUUUUGCUUUCCUGAUUCAUCAUCUGGCCAACAGCCAACAGGCACCCAUUGGCACCUUGCCACCUGAGUUGGAGAACAUCACGGUGACUGGUCUGUUGUUGGUCAGCCUGAACCCAUGCAGCAAGACCUGUGGCCUGGGGUGGAGGUCCGAGUAUUACUGUGGCAUCAGCCAAACUGGAAAGCGGAAUAACUGCGUCCUGAAAAACGCCCUGUGUCUCGUCAGCCAGGAAUGUGGCCUGAUCUCUAAAAUGGGCGCAGUGGGUUCCUCCUUGAACCUCAGCUGCUUGGAUGAGACGAUCGAAACGCUAGGCUCAUCUGACUUUGUCUUUGUCUGGAAACUUGCAAAAGGACUAGUGACCACCGAUCGAAACUUAUUCAGAAUGUACCUACGACGGUCGAGAAAAACACCCUGGAUGAUGAUUCUCAAGAUUCUUGAACUCGAAGCUGUCUGUUCUCUCAUCCCUCACUUUAAGGAUGUAAAGGAGAAGAACGCUGGCACCUACAUGUGUCAGGUGCAGAACGCCAAGACGAUGCAGGUCGUCAAGCGAGUGCUGAUCGCAGUCCGAGUGAUCCCCGACAACCUGGUGCAGCUGAAUUACAUGAAAGUGCUGUCGCCUGCACAGAAGGAAGAGUUGCAGGUACUGCAGGGCAAACCAGUGACGAAGACUCGGCCAUCAUUCUGGAAAAAUGUAAAGGACCUCUUUAAAAGUGCCAGCAUGACAGCUCGGGCCGUUUUCAGCGGCGUGGCCAUCGGGGGGGCGUUCGGUAUCGCUUUUGGAAUCUUAUUUUUAUGCGUGUCAAAAAAAAGAUAAAAAUUAGUGUAUAUAUAUAUUAAAUUGAGUUGUUUUGGGAGCGCUGGAGCAUUGGGUGCGUGUGUGUGUGUGGAGACGUGGGGAAGUUCUGCAUUGAUCUAUCUAGAUUUGACGGAAUUUUUAGCAGGGAGGAAAAAACACCUUCUUGUUGAUCAGGAACAAAAUCAACUGAGCUCGCGUUCCAGGUCUCAUCCUCUGUUCUGCAGAAGGUCCAUUA